CAAAAUUUCACUUGGUCUCUCCAGUUUCAGGUCACCGCGACACCGGUCUUCGUUGUGGCUGUUUCCGGUGCAGCGCUGCGCCAUCUGUCUAAGAGAUCGAUCGUCGACCCCCCCGCUCGUCGCACCUCGUAGUCUGGCGACCAUGUCGGAAGCAGCAGCAGCAGCACGAGCCGCAGGAGAGCGGAAUGCGGCCGCAGCGCCGACUCCUGCGGGAGAGACACCCCCCGCCUCGGCUUCCCUCGGGCCGGCCGAGCAGGCGGCGACGGAGGCGUUACUGGACUCGGAGCGCCGAGAUCCGGUAGAAGCAGACUCGCUAGAAGCAGCGGCGAAGGCGAGCGAUUCAGGAAUCCGGCAUCCCAUUUUCCCGUGCGGGGGGCUCAAGUCCGCCGCGCACUCCAUCCCCGAGGCAGACAUCCCCGCUCUUAGCGGCAUGGGCACCACGUUCGGGGCCUUCGCAGUCGGUGCGAUUCCUCAGGACGGGGCCUUUCCCCCAACCCUCCCCCAUGUUCGGGUGGACUACCCGCCGGGCCACCUGGUUCGGACGACGAGCCAAGACAGCAGCGUGGCGGCCACUCUCGGCAGCCCGACAGGCAGCAUAAGGUCGCUGGAUCAAUUCUCGACGUGCUCGUCCAUCCCGCCCUACCACAUGUCGCCCGCGCCCUCGUUCACUUCGGACCAGCCCAUGGCCGACGUGGCAGGCUCAGGCCUCGUUACAAGCAGGCUCGGUAUAACGAGCAAGGCGCUGUUUUCCAGCCCUGGGGAGAAGCCUGUGGUUGGGCCGUCUGUCGGCGGUCCAGAGCAGGAAGCGGGAGGGGUGAGGGGCGCGCCAGGGACGACUUACCCCAGCCCUCCCAACGUUCAGACGCUAGUUGUGGUUCGGCACGCCGAGCCUAUCGACGAGCAGGACGAUGGCUGGGCGGCAGGCUCGGACCGACCCUGGGACCCGCCCCUGUCAGCCCGGGGCGCCAAAGCCGCGGAGGAGGUGGGGCAGGCGCUGAGAGCGCGGGGCUUUGGCGCGGCCAGGAGCAGCGCAGGGGGAUCUGGCGGGGGGAGGGCGACGGACGAGGUGCAGGCAGUGGCGGGAGGGGGCGAGGCGAGUGUGCAGCGGGAGGGGGAGGGCGAGAGGGUGGUGCGCGUGGUGGUGUCGCCGUUCAAGCGGUGCGUGCAGACCGCCGUGCACCUCGUCGCGGGGCUGCUGGGCGCGCAGACGACUGAGGGGAAGGAGGGCGGCGCGGGGGAGGAGGUGGGGGCAGGUGGGGCGGCAGAGGGAUCAGAGGCGGCUAAGGCGCAGGCGCAGUCGGCGCCAUCGGGUGUGACUGUGACGGUGUCCAUCAGCCCGGCCCUAGCGGAGGUGAUGAACACGCGCGCGCUGCGGCGCUGCACGGAGGAGCGCCCGCCCGCCGCCUCCACGCCGCACUCCAGCGUUGCAGAGCACGCCGGGCUGGCGGCGGCAGUAGAGGCAGCAGCAGCGGAGGCGGGGGCCAAGGGGUGGGUGCUGGGGGAGGGCGAUCUGAGGGCGCUGUUCCCCGCUGGGACGGUCUUUCUGCCGCUCCAUGCUGCUGCCAGCGGGGAUGGGCGGGCAGGGUUGGCUGUUGGGGAGGCGAGGCCCGGGAGGAGCGUUCACAGCGAGUUCCCCCUCUUCCCUGAGUCCCUGGAGAGUGCGCGGGAGCGCUUCAUGCAAGCCUUUGAUGACGUGGCGGCGCUCUUCCCCGCUGACAACAUCCUCUGCGUGACGCAUGGCGAUGCCGUCGCCGCCAGCGUGGAGCGCCUCGCGCCCGUCACCGUCGUCGCCGUCGACUUCUGCGGGUACUCGUGGUCGCAGCGCCGCUCAGCACCACUCUACACCACUCUCAACCUCCACCAGCACCACUCCCACCACCAUGCCGGCUUGCCGCCACUGCCCCCUCCCCCUCCCCCGCCCCCCACCCCCGCCAACGAGCCGGAGAGUCUGGACGCGGAGGAGGCGAGCCUGCUGGGCUCCAGGCAGACCGUUUCAGCUAGCUUUGCUGCGGCCGUCGUUGCUGCCGGGUCGGAAACAGAGGCGGCUGCUGUGGCGGCGGCAGCAGUGGCUGCUGUUGCUGGGCUGGAGGCGAGGCGACGGGGGGAGCUGGAUGGCGUGGCGGAGGAGGGGAGGGAGGGGGAGGAGGGGGAGUUGGGGGAGGAGGGGGAGGAGGGGUCUGAGGACAGGAGUGGGGGGAAGCAGGGCGCGUUGAGUGAUGGGGUGGUGAUCGUAGGGGGGUCGACGGCAUCUGAUAUAAGCACGCACGAGAGCGAGGAGGACGAUAAAGACACACGGAGCAUCGACGUGAACAGCAGCAUUGACGUGGGGCCGUCGCUGUCCGAGGUGGCUGAGGGGGACGAGGAGGGGGAGGACAGGGAGGGGGAGGAGGGAGAGGAGGUGGAAAGUGAGAGAGGGCAGGAGGGGAUGGGGGGGAGGGGGAGGGGGGAGGCGAGGCGAGGGGGUGGCAUGGAGGUGGGGGAGUGGGAGCUGCUGACGAGCUCGGGGUCCACGGGCGUGUGCUGGAUCUCCAACAUCGCCCUCGCCGCCCGCGACGACGAGACGCCCACCAAGGGGCUGGCUUCGUAGCAGUUGCUGUGCCGCUUUGUGCUUGUGCCUGUGCUUGUGUUGAUUAGGUAUUCGUGUGACGCAUUGGUGUGUCGAGAAGCUAGGUAAGGGGAGAAGCCAUGGCUAUGGCGAGAGGGUUUAGGUUAGGAAAUAAUGUCGAGAGAGAAGGGUGUUGGACUAGAAGAGAAAGAAAUACAAGGGGGGUUUGUCCCCCAGGCCCUCAGAUUUCAGGAAAUUUUCCCUGAUUCAGGGUUUUUUCAGAGGUUCUUUUUGUACCAACCCUGAUGUGCUAGGAUUGUUGUGGACACAACCCUGAAAUUUCAGG